CAACCCCAACCAGAGCGACUUGAUCGAACAGGCAGCUGAGAUGCUUUAUGGGUUGAUCCACGCCCGCUACAUCCUCACCAACCGAGGCAUCGCACAAAUGGUGAGGCUCUGCUCCUUCUGCAGGAAGGGAAACAGGUGCAUGGGUCCGAGGCCUGGUUCCUACCUGGCAAGGAGCGUGGCAGAGGAGAGAGGGAGAGACCCAGAGCUGGGCUGAGGAGUGAAUCCUCACUCAGGGUCCCAUUGAAGGUGUUUUAAGGAAGGGAGAUGAAACCGGAAAACGAAGGAGUUUGCAGGGAACAAAUAGCAAAUGGCCCCUGGGCUCUGCAGACUGCCCCACAAAGGAAAGGCACUUGAGUUUGAGGACCUAUCUCGACAGAGAGGGGGCUUCUAGUCAGAAGUGGGAGACAUGGGGGGGGGGGACCAUGAAAUGAGUUGAGAUUGCCUCUUCAUGCUCACCCACCAGUCCCUUCUGUUUUACACACCUUAGUUGGAAAAGUACCAGCAGGGAGACUUUGGCUACUGUCCUCGUGUAUACUGUGAGAACCAGCCAAUGCUUCCUAUCGGUGAGUGUUGAAAGCCAGAAGCUGCCUUCCUGUACUCAGUGCCCGAGUCCUUUGGGAGGUUGGGGAGCGCUAGGGAUACCUGGUCUGCAGUCUGGCUGUCUAUCUCCCAGGCCUUUCAGACAUCCCAGGCGAGGCCAUGGUGAAACUCUACUGCCCCAAGUGCAUGGACGUGUACACACCCAAGUCCUCCAGACACCACCACACGGACGGCGCAUACUUCGGCACUGGUUUCCCUCACAUGCUCUUCAUGGUGCAUCCAGAGUACCGGCCCAAGCGACCUGCCAACCAGUUUGUACCCAGGUAGGGAGCAAAGACAGUCACAAAGGAUCAAAGAGCCAAGGUCUAGAGAGAAUUGAGGACAAGCAUAGCCCUUUCUUGAGGCUUGCCUAUCCCAAAGUCAGGGCUUUUUCCUGCUGAGUGGCUGGGGAAGUUACUUGCUUGUGAGUCCAUUUUCUUAUCUAUGAAGCAGGGAUGCCAACAGUACCUGCCUAGCAACAGUUUUAAAUGUAUGGCACUUGACUAUUUAAACAGUGACUGUUGCUGUUCCCAUUUUGGAUGCUUAGCUUUGUGAUUUAGUGAGACUUAUCAUCCUGGUAUCUUUUUUUUUACUGUAUACCAGGGGAGAAAGAUUCUAUUUUGAACAGGUACUAAAUCUUCUUUUUUUUUUUUUUUUUUUUUUUUUUUUCCGAGACAGGGUUUCUCUGUGUAGCUCUGGCUGUCCUGGAACUCACUUUGUAGAUCAGGCUGGCCUCGAACUCAGAAAUCCGCCUGCCUCUGCCUCCCAAGUGCUGGGAUUAAAGGCAUGUGCCACCAUGCCCGGCAGUACUAAAUCUUAAUAAAAUUGAAAUUUCCUGUGUGGGUUGGAAGUUUCCCCUGGCCUCAUGCCUGCCGAACCAUCCUCUCUCUCUGAGCUAUACUUUCACUGUGAGUUUUUGGUUGGUUGGUUGGUUUGGCACAGGUGUUGUGAGAGGCACAGGGAAUGUUUUUUUUUUUUUUAAGAUUUAUUUAUUUAUUUAUUUAUUAUAUGUAAGUACACUGUAGCUGUCCUCAGACACUCCAGAAGAGGGAGUCAGAUCUUGUUACGGAUGGUUGUGAGCCACCAUGUGGUUGCUGGGAUUUGAACUUCCGACCUUUGGAAGAGCAGUCGGGUGCUCUUACCCGCUGAGCCAUCUCACCAGCCCCCACAGGGAAUGUUUGACAGGGUCGUUGUUGGCUAAGUUGAUCUCAAGCUAUAAAUAAGACUAUAAAUGAGGCAGGCCAUUACCUGGCCUGGAAUUUUAAUUUUAGUGGAUGUUUAUGGUACAUUUUUUUAAGCUGGGGAUGGUUACACAAGGGGAGGCAGAGGUAAGCAGAUCUCUUUAUUUUGAGGCCAAGGCCCUGUUAGACACAGAAGCCCUGUCUUGAAAAACUAGCCCUUCCCCAAAUAAGAGAAAGAGAGAGACAUGUUUCAUGUAUUCAUGUGCAAGGAGAUUGGGGUCCUGUGGAGUCGAUGUGAGGAGGCUGGGAUGGCCGCCACUGGCAGAGCUAGCAGAGAGCUUACCGUGCUGCCUCUCUGACCUCCUUCACCCAGGCUCUAUGGUUUCAAGAUCCAUCCAAUGGCUUACCAGCUGCAGCUCCAAGCCGCCAGCAACUUCAAGAGCCCAGUCAAGACUAUUCGCUGAUUGCCCACCCACCUCUCCCUCUGUCUGUGACACCACCAUUCCUCUGCUGCCACCCUUUCAGGAAGUCUAUGGUUUUUAGUUUAAAUUAAAGGAAUUGUUACUGUGGUGGGAAUAUGAAAUAAAGGAAGAAAAGGCCAUGAGCUGUCUCCUACUGUGUGUUGCUGGGGUCGGGAAGGGGUGGGCUACUGCACUCCAGGGACCCUCUUGCUCUAGCCCAUCUUCCCUAGGUUGGAAGCAGCCCAGAUUGCGGCUUCAUGAAUCUGUACCAUGUACAGAUAGUGUGUCAGAGCAGCACUCUAGGUUGGGUGAGCGCAAGUGCAGGAUUGAAGGGAAAGGUUUCAGAGGUUGGAGAACACCUGCUCUCUUGGGGCUGUGGCUGUGGCUGCUGUAGGGACUUCAUGGGAAGUCCCCUCAGUCUUGCUGUUAAAGGGAAUGUAACCCUACAAUAAAUAAAACUGGAGAGGAGGCAGAGAGCCCCAACUGUUGCUCAGUGGUGUCUGUGUGCCCCCUGCUGGGAGACCUGAGAGCCGUCUGGAAAAGGUUGGAAGGCUUGUCUCUGGCCAACCUCUCCCAGCAUAAUGGGGGCCAAGCCUACUGUGUGGGUGGACAGCAGGUAGUGGCAGAGACAGGUCCCUGAAGUGGGGGUACAGGCCUUUCAAGGCAUGUCUAGGAUGAAGACACCUGAUAAAGAGCCAGCUGGUGCUCUUCUGUGGCCUACACAGGAACCAGACAAUGUGGGUGAGGACAGGCCUUCUUCCUGCCAAUAGAUGACUUCCUCCUCUGGUCAGGAUCUUGCCUCAGGCAGGAGUGCACCUCUGCACCCACAUCAGUUUCUGCUCAGACUGCCUGUCAAACCCAUUCUGCCUCUGAAGAUCAAGAAAGGUGGGGCUUGGGGGUACUUUGUGGGAGUUGCUCCUCUCCCCCAAAUUCCAUAAUGAGGGCCCGCGUGCUUGUAGGUAUGCUGACCAUGGUGGGCUUUGCGAUGGGGAAGGGUAAGUAAGACCAGGGUCUGGGAGGAGUGGGGACAGCUGGUCCUGGGUGUGCUUGAAAGAGCUCCUGGCUCCAUCUCCUUUAUCCUCUGUGCCAAGCUCCAGUUGCCAGAGUCCGUACCUGCCACCUGUGCCUCUUAGAAGACCCUUCGCUAGGCUGCAUUUCUGGCUCAGAAAAGUGCACCAUCAGCCUUCCAUCGCCGUGUAUGGUGAUCACCAUCUAUAAAAAUACUACUGUUCGCUUCCACGUACGGGGCUGUGGACAGCAUCAUUCCUACCGAUGUCAAGAAAGGCAUGUGAUCUACCAAUCAGACUACUUGUAUAAGGCUGAUUGCUGCCAGUACGAUUACUGCAACUCCUGGUCCAGUGCUCAGCACCAGAGCACCCUGCGUGGGUCCCCAGGAAGCCAUCUGGGCAUGCCCCUGUCAGCGUCUCAGAUAAAACAGUUUUACCAGGCCCUGAACCUCUCUCUGCCUCAGCCUGGCUUCCAUGCUCAUAAGGUGUCUGAGGGCCUGGAGUCUCUCAUUCUGCCCCCGGAGCUGGGCUUGUCCAUUGCCGACCUUCGCCAAAUAUACUUGUUCCUCAACAGUUCAGGACUUCUGGUCCUUCCCUGGGAUAGACCCUGAUGUGUUCCCCUUCCUAGAUUCUGCUCUGUCUGAGAGACUCUUCCUUUGAGGGGCCCAGCAUCCUGCUCUGCGGUCUGUGAACACUCAGAUCCUCUGAGCCCUCUGAUCUCUUAAGCUUUCUGCUCUACAUGGCCAAAUUCUGUAUGGCCCCUGGAUCUGGGGCUGGUUUGUCCUCCUCCUUUUCAGGAAACUUAAGGACGGUUCUCACCAAGGCUGACUUGACAAUGAAUCCCAUUUUGAGUGUCACUGUCUCCGUGUACCCUCAGUCUGGUCAUAUGCCAUAUCCGAGCCUCAGCAGCCAGGCCCAAGGGUGGACUUGCAUACCUUUACAUCUGGCACAGCGACCUAUCUCACUAUCUCCACCAUCCUGGUCCGCUGUCCUUGGUCUCAUCAUUUCACCUGACUGCCUGCCUUGUGAGGGGUUGUAGGGGCUCCCAUGUCUCCUCCGUAAUAAAUCAAAACUUGGCAAAA